CAAUAUAGCAAGUCUAAGCGGGACGAUCUUCAGUGUUAAAUAAUUACUCAAUAUAGUUUUGAAAUUUUUAAUGUGUUUAAAGUGAAUUUAAAUAUAAGUUCGUGCUUUUUUACAAAAUUAAAAGGACUAUGUUUGCUGGUGUGAAGUAUUCUCGCUCUUGUCUAGGCCACGAAGACAUUGAUGUUAUAAAUAUAAGUGAAAUAAAAAGUAAAUUUAAUCCAGCAAAUUUUGAUAGUAAUAAACUGUUUUAUAUUAAGUGUUCUGUGAAGGGAAAAUGUUCUGCAUUCGUAAUGUUUAUAACAAAUACAAAAAAAGAAGCGUUGGAGAAAAUGAAAACUGAUAGACCAAAAUAUCCUCCAAUCAGUAAAUCAAUUCCACCAUCAUCUGAAUCUGAGACUGAAAAAUCAAAUAAAAAGGAAACGCAUGGAAAAAGUUUUAAGCGUGUCUUCAAUAGACCGUCAGAAGAAAUAUCACCAAUGCUUCAACUAAAAAUUGAGAAACUUCAAGGAAAAUAUCUGAAUAAAGUAAGGGAAGAGACAACGCCUACGACUAAGAAGCACACCAAUAGCAUUAAUGAUAACAAUGAUGAUACAAAUAUUAGUAAUAGUGAUUAUACCGAUGAUAAUGAUGAUGUUGAUGAUGAUGAUAAUAAUGGUGGUACUAGUGAAGAUGAUACCUUUGAAAAUGAUAACAAUGGCAUCGAUGGCAUUUUGGAAGAAAACAGUAUUACACAGGACAAAUUGAGAAUAACUGAUAUCAAACGAGUCAAUGUUGAUAAUAUAAUCACAGCAGACGGAAAAAAGAGAAAACUAUCGAACUACCAAGAUUAUGAAAAUUAUGAUUUAUCACCAACUGAAGUUGGAAGAUUAAAAGAAGAAGUAGCAUUGUUAAGAAAUCAAAUUACAAUGAAGAACAAACAAAUAGCAGAAAUGAGAAAGGACUUAGAUGAAAAGAAUACCGACAUACAGGAUUUGAGACGUCGAAAUGCUGGUCUACAAGAUAAAUUACUGUCAAGACUAAAUGAAUUAGACAAAAAUAUUGAAGACAUUGAAGUAAAUUGUGCUAAUGCCGUUGGAAAACGUACGUUUGACAAAGUGGGGUCAAUUAAAAAAAAUAAGGUGCACUUAGGAAAUGAUAUUUGGUUGGAACAAAGUAAAUAUGAUGUCGUUGCAAUUACAUCCAGGACACCAAAAAUUUUUAUAAAUAAAUUAGCUGAGGCGUGCUUUGGGUUUCAAAUACUUAUAAAUAGCAGCGUUACAGGGAAAGUAUCGAACAGGACUCGGAAAAUUAACUCAAUUGCACGUCCGCGCCUUGAUCCCCAAAAAAUAUGUGCUAUUCAAGAAUCAUUCGAAAAUUGGGCCGAAAAAUGCACUCCUCCGUAUGAUAAGUCAACAAUAAAUGUUUUUAAAAAUGAUGUGCCAAUUAUUUUAAGCCAAUACAUAACAAAACUCCGGGAAAGGCACUGCAAAAGAAUUGCCAACAACGGUCAAAAUGCAGUAAACCCGACAAACAUUCAGCACCAGCAGGAAAAUACUGAAGAAACUGAAAAAGAAGUUCACCAAUUGAAUGAAAACUCAAUGGAGAAUGAUACAGACGUAGUGGAUAAGGAAUUGGAAAAAAUACCUGAGCUUACAACAUGA